UCAAGUCUCACCCGCCACUGGAGCCUCACCUUCACCUUCACAACGCCCCAAUCUUCGGCUGGUUAUCAUUUCUCCCAACCUCCACAGUCGCUUCAAUGGCUUCCAUAAACCCCACUCCUUUGUUCAUCUCCUCUUCCCGCUCACGGAAACUUAACCGGACUUCCGACCAGUCCUCCGACGGCCUACAGAGAGAUCUCAAGAAGGGCCUGUCUCGGAUUCUGAGGAAAGAUGCUGCUAUUAGAGCUAUUGAGAGAAAAGCCAAUUCCAAAAAGUACAAUAACCUUUGGCCGAGUGCUGUUCUCGAGGCUCUUGAUGAGGCUAUUCAGGAGAAUCUUUGGGAAACCACUCUUAAGAUUUUUGGCCUACUUCGCCAGCAACAUUGGUAUGAACCAAGAUGCAAAACAUACACAAAAUUGUUGAUGAUGCUGGGUAAGUGCAGGCAACCUAAGCAAGCAAGCUUGCUGUUUCAGAUUAUGUUAUCCGAGGGGUUGAAACCUUCUAUUGAUGUUUACACUGCUCUUGUUAGUGCUUAUGGUCGAAGUGGCCUCCUUCACAAGGCCAUUGAAACAGUUGAUGAAAUGAAAUCCAUUUCUGACUGCAAGCCAGAUGUACAUACAUAUUCAAUUCUCAUUGAUUGUUGCACAAGAUUCCGUCGUCUUGACCUUCUGAAGGACAUUCUUGCUGACAUGUCUUAUCUGGGGAUUACAUGUAAUACGGUCACUUACAAUACUAUCAUUAAUGGAUUUGGAAAGGCUAAAAUGUUUGAGCAAAUGGAAAGCUUGUUAUUGGAAAUGAUUGAAAGUGGUAGCUGCCUUCCAGAUUUGAUUACAUUCAAUUCUUUUAUCAGAGCCUAUGGAAAUAGUGAGCAGAUUGAGAAGAUGGAGAAGUGGUAUAAUGAAUUUCAGCUGAUGGGAAUCGAGCCAGAUGAUUGGACAUACAAUACUAUGAUCAGCUCGUACGGGAAAGCUAGAAUGUAUGACAAGAUGGUGUCGGUUUUGAACUUCAUGGAAAAACGCUUUUUCUCUCCGACAAUUGUUACUAUGAAUACAAUCAUUGAUGUGUUUGGAAGAGCUGGAAAUAUUAAGAGGAUGGAAGAAUACUUCAGAAAAAUGAAAUAUCAGGGAAUGAAGCCUAACUCUGUAACUUACUGUUCUCUUGUUAAUGCAUAUGGUAAAGCUGGUAAUAUUGAGAAAGUUGAUUCAAUUUUGAGGCAAAUUGAAAAUUCUGAUGUGGUACUGGAUACCCCUCUUUUUAACUGCCUUAUCAAUGUGUAUGGCCAGGCUGGUGAUGUGAGAAAGAUGGGAGAGUUAUUCUUGGAAAUGGAAGAGAAUAAAUGUGUGCCUGAUAGCAUUACAUUUGCUACAAUGGUUCACGCCUUAAAGACUCAUGGCAUGACUGAGGCUGCUCAAAGAUUGGAAAAUAAGUUGAUUGUCACUAGAGACGACAAGAUAAAUUAGUGCUUAUAUAUGAUUUUUGGAAACGCCACGUUCUGCCUACACAAGAAAAUCUCUUGCUUUUCUAGUGCCUUUUCCUUCCAGUUGAUUUUGUUGUUCUCAUGUACCAAAACUUUAUGACCCUCUUACAUCCCUUUUAUAUCCUAUUGGUUUGAUGCAAAGAGGUGGGCUCUAAGAAAACCUGGUUGACAAGAAAACUGUAACAUUCCAAGCUUACCGCUAGUAGAUAUUGUCUUCUUUGGACUUUUCCUUUCAGACUUCCCCUCAAGAUUUUUAAAGCAUGUUUGCGAUGGAGAAGUUUCCAUAUCAGUUGGAGAGGAGAACGAAGCAUUCUUUACAAGGGUGGAAAAAUCUUUCCCCAAAAGAUGCGUUAAAAAUCUUGAGAGGAAGCUUGAAAGAGAAAUUCCAAAGAGGGCAAUAUCUGCUCGUGGUGAGUUUGGGAUGUUACAAAAACAGUGUGUAACACUUCCCUAGUGUGGAAGACCCACAAUGCUGCCACCGGGGGCAUGGUUACGUUUUCCAAGGAUCUCUACCUUCAUUAGAGCAGGCCAUGCUUCUCAAGUCUUCAGGCUCAAGGUAGAUCGCAUAUCUUUCAAAAGUUGUCUCGUGCCAUGGCAUGGAAUAUCUUUCACGACAAGGAAAUUUUCUUGAUGGUCUCGAGUCUAAAUGAUCCAUAUGUUGACGUAAAACUGUGUUCUUGACCAUUGACCCCACCCCCCACAAGCUUUAUGGG